AUGGGCGAACAGGGAGACGACUCCCCAUGUCCUCCGCCCCCAGGGCCCCCACCGUUAUUGUCGGAUGGCCAACUACUUCACCUCGCGCAACAAGGCUGGCUAUCCCUCCCUCUGUCGGAGACGCUUGCGGCCACGACCGGGGACCUGUUCAACAGCUCCACACGGUUCUUUGAGCUGCCGGACUGGGAAAAGACGGCGCUGUAUCCCUCCAAAUCCGGGACCGAGUUUGGCUAUUACACUGUCCCCAAUGAGAAAGAAUAUAUCACGUUCCGGUGUCGUGUGCACUCGGGUUACGAGUCUAGAUUGCCACCGUCGCAAUUAUCUCUGGUACAGACGCUUGAAGACAAUGCCGCUAGAGCGUGGCAAGAAGGAGCACUUCUCCUAUGGCGUAUUCUGUGUGAUAUCACCCGCUGGUCUGAUCUAGACGUGUCGAUAUGGAACGACAUCCUCGAUGGCACCCAGACCAUGCCAGAAUCUGAGCAACAAAUGCCAUAUACGCUCCUGCGUCUGUUUCGUUACUUGCCAGGCACUGGAUUCGCUGAACAUCACACCGACCUAGGGUUGUUGACCAUCUGCAUAGGUGACGGUGGGGGGCUUGAAGUCUUGGAUCGGCUCAACUCCACGGAUGAGAACCCCAUCUGGACCGACAGCGGGACCAACCCACGUACGGUGACGAUCUUGGUCGGGCAGACCCUCAAGGCGUUGUCGGAUGGAAUGCUGAGCCCUGGUAUACACCGCGUCGUGGAGAAUCCCAACGGUAGGAACAGCGUGGUCUUUGCGCUACGCCACUCCUCCAAGCAUCCCGUCGACUUUGGUUUGUUUGGAGGACAAGGGCGUGUCAACGCAAGUGAUUUGUGGAGAUUUAUCGACGUCGGCAAGGUCAACAUCAACACCGUCAGAGAAAGGAGAGACGAGCAGAGAGCCAAGUACGAAGCCGAGAUGUUAAUAGGAGGGGAUCGUCGGGAAUGCGACGCAGGAUGA